AUCAACAACAUACAGUCCGUAAUUAACUAAGCACAUCACAUCACUUGUUGAUGGAUUUGCUAACCACAAACUGCCGUUUCAACAAUCUCCAUUUCCACCCCUUCUUAGGUAGAAGAGAUUCGCAUAUUUGCGGCGGCCAUAGUUCGCUAAAUUUCUCCACCAAAUUAUUCUCUGGAUAUGGAGAUAGAAUUCAGGCAUUGGGUGGUCAGAAUCAGACCAAAAAGUCAAGAAGAAAAAGAGGAAAAUUGCAAAAAGGGGACAAUGAUUUACUGAAAAAAGAGCAAAUUUCAGAUGAAUAUGAUGUUGUUUUUGAAGAUGGUAACAAAAGGAUUUCUUCCGAUAAUUCGGAGAUUUUUCGAACAUCCGUUAUUUCGCCGUCAUCAAGAAGUGCUGUUCUUCAAGCAUGCACUGUCACUUCUGCAUUUAUAGCUGCUCUUGGUGUUCUAAUUCGACAGGUGUCGCACAUUGCAUCCGAGGAAGGGUUGACCGUUGUUGACUGUUCCGCAGAUAUAACAUUUAGUUUUGAACUAUGGCAUCUGGAGUUGAUUAUGGGAUCGGUUAUACUUGUGUCUUCGUCUCGUUUCUUGCUGUUGAAGAUAUGGCCGGAUUUUGCAGAAUCUAGCGAAGCAGCUAAUCAGCAGGUAUGUAUAUAUAUAUAUAUAUAUAUAUAUUGAUAUUGCAAACAGGAACUUCUUUUCCGCGGUGCAUUAUUGCCCCUUUUCGGGGUGAAUAAUUGGACGAGUAUUUUUGCAAUCGCGGCUUUAUUUGGCGUAUUGCACCUUGGAAGUGGUCGGAAAUAUUCCUGUGCUAUUUGGGCAACUUUGGUCGGGCUCAUUUAUGGUUAUGCAACGGUGUUAUCGACGAGCAUUGUUGUACCCAUGGCUUCUCAUGCGUUGAAUAAUUUAGUCGGAGGUAUAAUCUGGCGCUACUCGUCUAAAUACUCAUCGAAGCAGAUUGGAUGACGUCUGGUGCAUUCUUGCUUGUACCUUGUAAGUACACAUACAUAUAUACAUAUAAUCUUGAAAUCAUAUUUAUUUUUUAUUUUUAUUUUUUUCAGAUUUCACCACGUGUUCUAUUUGUUUAUAUUGUACGAGAGUUGAGGUUUACUUUAGUAUAUCUAUAUGGUUGGAUUCGGUUUCUUCAUUGUACGACAAAAAAAGUAUAUUAGUUUCACUUGGCAAUUGUGGUAUUAGUAAAUCUAGGCAAUUGAAUA